UUCCAUGUUAAAUUAAUUGGUUGAAGAAAGCGGAGAGAUGUCACAUCCUGUAUAUAAAGAUAGUGUCCGGUACAGGAUUUUUCACUCUCACAUUUUUUUUUUUUUUCAUCCUUUGAGUCAGACCGCCAGAGCAAAUGUUAACAACCAUCCAUCAAUUUGAUCGAUGAUUUCAAUUUAAACUACUGAUAUUUCCCAUUUAGCUUUCUUUCCUGGGUUUAAUUCUAGUUAGACAUUCAUCGUCAUGAGUUUACUUCAUAAAGCUUCUUCUUUGAAGAAACAUCAAAUCAAUGGUUUCCAAAGAUACUUCUCCUUAUCAUUAUCAAAUCAUGGUGAAAAAAAAUUAAAUAAAUAUUCAUCCAUUGUAACUUCAGAUCCUUCUCAAGGGGCUUCUCAAGCUAUGCUUUAUGCUACUGGUUUCGAUGAUGCCGAUUUCUCAAAAGCUCAAAUCGGGGUUGGUUCAGUUUGGUGGUCGGGUAAUCCUUGUAAUAUGCAUCUUAUGGAAAUGAAUAAUAAAUGUACUGAAUCAGUUAAUAAAGCUGGUUUAAAAGGUAUGCAAUUCAAUUCCAUUGGGAUCUCUGAUGGUAUCACCAAUGGUACUGAAGGUAUGAGAUAUUCUUUACAAUCAAGAGAAAUCAUUGCUGAUUCAUUUGAAUCAAUGACUUUAGGUCAAUUAUAUGAUGGUAAUAUCUCCAUUCCAUCUUGUGAUAAAAAUAUGCCCGGUGUUUUAAUGGCUAUGGCAAGACAUAAUAGACCUUCGAUUAUGGUUUAUGGUGGUACUAUCUUACCAGGAUCUCCAACUUGUGGUAACCCAAUCAUUCCUGAUAAAAUUGAUAUUAUUUCCGCCUUCCAAUCUUAUGGUCAAUAUUUAUCAAAAUCAAUUUCUAAUGAUGAAAGAAAAGAUAUCGUUAGACAUGCUUGUCCUGGUCCAGGUGCUUGUGGUGGUAUGUAUACUGCUAAUACCAUGGCUUCUGCUAUUGAAGUAUUAGGUAUGUCAUUACCAUUCUCUUCAUCAGCUCCAGCUGUCUCUAAAGAAAAAGAUUUUGAAUGUGCCAAUAUUGGUGAAGCUAUUAAAAAUUUAUUAAUUUUAGAUUUAAAACCAAGAGAUAUUUUAACCAAACAAGCAUUUGAAAAUGCUAUCACUUAUGUUAUUGCCACUGGUGGUUCAACCAAUGCUGUGUUACAUAUCAUUGCUAUUGCUUCUUCAGCCGGUAUUGAAAUUACAGUCGAUGAUUUCCAAAGACUUUCUGAUUCAACUCCUUUAUUAGCUGAUUUCAAACCAUCAGGUAAAUACGUUAUGGCUGAUUUACAAAAUGUUGGUGGUACACCAGCUGUUAUGAAAUAUUUAUUAUCAGAAGGUUUAAUUGAUGGAUCUCAAUUAACUGUAACUGGUAAAUCUAUUAAAGAAAAUUUAGAAAAAGUCAAAUCUUUACCUGACGGUCAAGAUAUUAUUAGACCUCUUUCAAAUCCAUUAAAAUCAAGUGGUCAUUUACAAAUUUUAAAAGGUACUUUAGCUCCAGGUUCUGCUGUAGGUAAAAUUACUGGUAAAGAAGGUACUUAUUUCAAAGGUAAAGCAAGAGUUUUCGAUGAUGAAGGAGCAUUUAUUACUUCUUUAGAAAAUGGUGAAAUUAAAAAGGGUGAAAAAACCGUUUGUGUUAUUAGAUAUGAAGGUCCAAAGGGUGGUCCAGGUAUGCCAGAAAUGUUAAAACCUUCCUCUGCUUUAAUGGGUUAUGGUUUAGGUAAAGAUGUUGCACUUUUAACUGAUGGUAGAUUUUCCGGUGGAUCUCAUGGUUUCUUAAUUGGUCAUAUUGUUCCAGAAGCUUAUGAAGGAGGUCCAAUUGCCUUUGUUGAAGAUGGUGAUGAAAUUGUUAUUGAUGCUGAUAAUAAUAUCAUUGAUUUAUUAGUGGAUGAAUCUGUUCUUGCUAAAAGAAGAGAAGGUUGGACUCCACCACCACCAAGAUAUACUAGAGGUACUUUAGCUAAAUAUGCUAAAUUAGUAAGUGAUGCUUCUAAAGGUUGUGUUACUGAUUUAGUCUAAUCAUCUCAUCUCACUUUGACUCCCUUUUCCUAUUACUAGUUGGUAGUAGAAGUUUUAUGAUUGAUUUUUUUAAUCAUUUUAUUACAUUAUUAUUAUUUCAUUAUAAUUACAUAACUAAUUGUCACAUUGAAAGACAAACGUUAUAUCAUUUAUUCAAUUCUUAAU